CCCGUCCCCGCGGCCGCCGCGUCCUCCCUCGCGCUCCUCUCCCUCCCUCCCUCCUUGUACGCCCCCGCCAACCUCCCACCACCGUACACCGGCACCCGCAUUGCUCGAGCUCCACGAACGAGCGCCCGCCAUUAACUAUGCAAGCUUCACUUCGCUCUGUAAUCUCUAUGUAAGAUCGAGGCAGAGCUAGCGUACGCAGCAAAGCGACGCGCGCGAGUGUGCCAAGUCUAACUAACUCUGGCCGGGCGCUGCUGCCCGGUGCCGAGAUGAGUACGCUACCAGGGGUGUGGCAGAUCGCGGCGGCGUGGGAGCAGGUCCGCGGCCCGGUGAUCGUGCCGCUGCUGCGCGCGUCCGUGCUGCUCUGCCUCGCCAUGUCCGCGAUGCUGUUCGCGGAGAAGGUGUACAUGGCCGUGGUCGUGCUCGCGGUGCGGCUGCUCGGCCGCCGCCCCGAGCGGCAGUGGAAGUGGGAGCCCGUGGGCGAAGACGACCCCGAGCUCGGCAGCGCCGCCUACCCCAUGGUCCUCGUCCAGAUCCCCAUGUACAACGAGCGCGAGGUGUACCAGUUGUCGAUCGGUGCCGCGUGCGGGCUCUCCUGGCCGUCCGAUCGGAUCGUCGUCCAGGUGCUCGACGACUCCACAGAUCCCGUCAUCAAGGAGCUGGUGCAGGUGGAGUGCCGGCGCUGGGCGAGGAAGGGCGUGAACAUCAAGUACGAGAUCCGGGACAACAGGCGCGGGUACAAGGCCGGCGCGCUCAAGGAAGGCAUGAAGCAUGGCUACGUCAAGGACUGUGACUUGGUGGCCAUCUUCGACGCCGACUUCCAGCCGGAGCCCGACUUCCUGUGGCGCGCCGUCCCCUUCCUUGUCCACAACCCCGACAUCGCCCUCGUCCAGGCUCGCUGGAAAUUCGUGAAUGCAGAUGAAUGCUUGAUGACAAGGAUGCAGGAGAUGUCCUUGGACUAUCACUUUAGGGUGGAGCAAGAAGUGGGCUCCUCGACUUAUGCCUUCUUUGGAUUCAAUGGAACUGCUGGUGUGUGGCGCAUAUCUGCUCUGAACGAGGCAGGUGGUUGGAAGGACCGAACCACAGUUGAAGACAUGGACCUGGCAGUCCGAGCCAGUCUCAAGGGAUGGAAGUUUGUGUAUCUUGGUGAUCUCAAGGUAAAAAAUGAGCUCCCAAGUACGUUCAAAGCAUUUCGGUACCAGCAACAUAGAUGGUCGUGCGGGCCCGCAAAUCUGUUCAGGAAAAUGGUGAUGGAGAUCAUCAGAAAUAAGAAAGUGACUCUUUGGAAGAAAAUCCAUGUCGUCUACAGUUUCUUCUUGGUGCGCAAGGUUGUUGCGCACAUUGUGACCUUCGUGUUCUACUGCCUUGUUAUCCCGGCCACGGUCUUAGUUCCCGAGGUUGAGGUACCAAAGUGGGGUUGCGUAUAUAUUCCAACUAUUAUCACCCUUCUCAAUGCUGUUGGGACUCCAAGGUCUGUUCACUUAGUUGUCUUUUGGGUACUAUUUGAGAAUGUCAUGUCAUUACAUAGAGCAAAGGCCACCUUCAUCGGUCUAUUGGAAGCAGGGACGGUGAAUGAAUGGGUGGUAACGGAAAAGCUUGGUGACACUCUGAAGGCUAAAAUGCCAAGUAAAGCUUUGAAAAAACUGAGGAUGAGGAUAGGAGAAAGGUUGCAUCUUUGGGAGCUUGGUGUUGCAGCCUACCUCUUCCUUUGCGGGUGCUACGACAUAUCAUUUGGGAACAAUCGUUACUUCAUCUUUCUCUUUAUGCAAUCCAUUGCAUUCUUCAUCGUCGGUGUGGGCUAUGUCGGGACAUUUGUUGCACAGUGAUUGUAUCUGUCUCGAGUUCACCAUGUCAUCGAUGCUUUCAAGUUUCGUGGUAUAUAAUCCAUUUGAAAGAUAAGAUCAAGAAACCUUCUCUUGAGUGCAAUAUUCUCUGAAAAAGAAUGCAACAUUGUAGGAGUACUGCAACACAACACAUAGGUAUAUGGGUGUGUUUUAGCUACUAGGAAUGUGCUAUGACACGCAUAAGAUCGGUAACGAUCAAGCAGACUGUUUUAGGUCUCUAUGUCACUGUAUUAGAAAGAUAGUAUUUUGUUUUUAAGUUUCACCAUUUGUCUAAACAAAGAUGCAAGAAAAAGUUCCUCCUUUUCAUUGUUAUAAGUAAACUGCCUGGUGCCUCCUCACCUUUGUCACACAUCUUCACUUAUCUCUUUUAUCCUUUACCCCUUGUGCAUGUUAAUUAAGUUCAGCAAACAAAUGCGUUUGGAAAAUUUCCCUUUUAAGGCAACUGUAUUUCAAACAGACCUACUAGAAUACAUGCAUUGUUUGCUGGAGACCAACUGCUCUAUCUUUCGUCGAGUUCACCAGACAUAGGAGGGAGCAGCGCCGGGCGCACAUAUGUGGGGUGAACGAGUGCCAGGGUGUGAGCACCACGCGUAUUUUUGGCACUCCCAUCUGUUUGAUAAUGAGAUGAAUACAGUGAAAUUUGUUGGAUUAUAUUACCGAGCCUUGUGGACGAGUACAUGUAGUGGUAUAAAUUUCAAGGACAAGUAGCAUGUAGAUUUGGAGUACCAAGUAGAUAUUUUAUCAUUUCAAUUCUAAUCUAUCACUAAUUUGUAAUGUUAGAUGUGUGCACAUCGUUUGUGUCUUUUACCCCAGUUGUUGUGGUAGCAAUAAGGACGAAUAACACUGAUUAGGCGAAAAGAUGAAAAAAGAGGUCUCGCGUAGCUUUGAGCAUCACUAGAUAAUGCAAUGGCGAUAGCGACUGCGGCAAUUUUAACCCCUUUGUAUAAAAAAAUUGAGGGAUGCUUGUUGUUUAUGAAUACAUGUAUAUUUUAAAUCAUGUGCACUUUAAUUUUUUUUUGAAUCUGGUAGUAGUUUUAGGUUUGAGCAGCCUCGGCUUCGUCCUCCGCUACUUCCCCGGCCUUCAAGCCCCGUGCCCGUCCAGACAACGAGGUGCGUAUGGCCACCGAGGACGAUGAUUCCUCUUUGAUUAGAUGAUCGAUUUGUGUAGAUGCGCAGGCACACUUUUCUGUUGUUGCAACCAAGGAUCGAUGAACAAAUCGCAAGAACACAAGAAGACAAAUUUUGCCGGGCAACAAACACCCGCGGCGACGGAUGUGCGGCAUGGCGUGGCGGCAUGGAGGUGCUGCGCGGCGGCGGAGACCACAGCGGCGAGGUGCGAUGCCAUGAAGCGGCGUCCGAAAAGGCUCAUGUAUGAGCGUGACGGCAUCGACGGCGUAUAUCGCCAAACGCCAGGCGUGUGUCGCUGGUGGAAAAGGAGCGCGGCGUUUGUCGCCGAGGGACACCAGACAUGUGUCGCCGGCGGAGAAGGAGCUCGACGUAUGUCGCUGAAGAGGAAGAAGCAAUCACGGCGACCGGUGUCCACGCACCAAGUCGAGUCCGCAUUCGUGGCAAU